UAAUUGAGUGCCCCUCCCCCCCUUUAUUUCUUCGCGCGCCUUCACCCAGUAUAAAACGACGCACGCCAAAGGCGUCUUUCUAUUGCAACUGUGGAACUCUUUGAGGAAGGACGUGUCUGAAUAACUCUUUCUAUUUUGAAACUACCAAUACGCAAGAUGUCUAACACUUCCAAGAAGCAUCAGUCCUUCUGCUCCGAACCGAUGAAGGGCAAGCCAGUCACUGCUCUUCCCGGGAUAGGACCCGGGUGUGGCAGCCAGCUGCAGUCGCAAGGCUACCACAAGGCCACCGAUGUCUUUGGCAAGUACCUGACCGUGAACGAGAACCGCAACGAGUUCCAGGGCUGGCUGAAGGACCAAAGCGGGGCCAACUUCAAGCAGCAGGGAGGCUGCUACCAUGCACUGCGGGAUUGGAGCGACAACAACCUGUAGAGCGUCCGUCAACACGCCGUUGUUCUUUUCCCUCCUUAAAAGGUCAAGAUGUUUUUAGACCUGGCUUUGUCAACCUAAUUAGGCUACUGUAAAAUGUUUUGCUUAUGUUCAAAUGCAGUGAAGAUUGACUACUAGUCUAAAAUUGGCUUCUGGUUUGCUGGUCGAUAAGAC